UUGUAAACAUUAGACUUGCUCGUGUUCAGAUAUCAAGAUGUUACCGAAAAUACUUUGUCGUGGAACAAUUGAUCUUCUGUCACAUUUACCUUCCCCAUUCUGAAAUACUUAUUUGACGCGUCUCAAAUUGUGUCAGUGCCCUAGACAGCUAGCUAGCCUGUGUGACUGGGUGUUGUGUACAGCUCUUUGUGUGAGAUGGGGGACGAUCGACCUUUUGUGUGCACCGCCCCAGGCUGUGGCCAGAGAUUUACUAAUGAAGACCAUUUAUCGGUCCACAAACACAAGCAUGAGAUGACCCUGAAAUUUGGUCCUGCCAGAACUGACUCCGUCAUCAUUGCAGACCAGACCCCCACACCCACCCGCUUCCUGAAGAACUGUGAGGAGGUGGGUCUGUUCAACGAGCUGGCCAGCUCCUUCGAGCAGGAGUUCCGGAAGGCCCAUGAGGAUGACCAAAGGAACAAAAACCCGCUCACGGCCCCCCAGCUUCCGGCCCCACCCCUACAGACCCCCUCUGGGGUGAAAGAAGAGGAUGAGGGGCCUCUGGAGGUAGACUCCUCCCCCCCAGGCAGUCCUGACUCCACCUCCAGCAUGUCGGACAGCAGCAAAGAGCCAAUGGUGAGAGGAAAGGAGACUCCUCCACGGCCGGUGGUAAGCUCUGCCCCCACGCCAACUAUCGUACGCCCAGGGUCCCUUCCCAUUCACCUUGUUUACGACCCCCUGCACCCGACUCUGCCCUCGCCAACCUCUGUCAUCACACAAACCCCGCCCUCCAACAGACAACUGGGCUCUCCGACAGGUUCCUUCCCGCUGGUAAUGCAUCUCCCCAACGGACAGACAGUCCCUCUCCUCCCCAGCCCAAAUAUGACCUCGGUCAUAUCUCUGGCGAGGCCGUUUAAUUUGGUGCCCAACAUCCCUGGGAUUCCAGGCCCUCCGAUUGGUGGGACCAGCAGUGGCUCCUCCUCCCCAUCUGGGUAUAGUCUACACUCAGAGGCCAAGAUGAGGCUGAAGGCAGCGCUGACCCAACAACAGCAGCAGCAUGGCCCGGGGGCUCAGAACGGGGCUGGAGAGGGCCCAGGGGGGGCAGGGUCCAGCCCCAUUGUCCCCCAGAGACAUGAGCAGAGCCAGCAGCCCUCGCAGCACUCUGACACACCCUCUCCCGCACAGCCACAGCAAACCAGCAGUGGCUCCUCCUCUCCAUUUGGGUAUAGUCUACAUUCAGAGGACAUGAUGAUGUCCCCAGCCCAGCCCACAGGUGGUAGGAGGCGGCGGGGUGCGGAGGUUGACCCAGACGAGAGGAGGCAGCGCUUCCUGGAGAGGAACAGGGCGGCGGCUUCUCGCUGCCGACAGAAACGCAAGGUGUGGGUCGGCUCUCUGGAGAGGAAGGCAGAGGACCUGGCUACCAUGAAUGUUUCUUUGACCAAUGAAGUGGGUCUGCUGAGGAACGAGGUGACCCAACUGAAACAGCUGCUGCUGGCCCACAAAGACUGCCCUGUCACUGCCAUGCAGAAGAAGUCUGCCUACGUAGCUGCAGGAGUAGAGGAGAACUCCAGGGACCCCCCCUCUGAGCCUAUGGGUUCCCCAGCCCCGGUUAUCCAGCACGGGCCUUCGCCCCUUGCCCCCAGCCCUGGGGCCAUCACCGUCAACGGGCUGAGCGUCCGCGCGGCUGAGGCAGUAGCCAUGUCGGUCCUGGCCGGCAUGGGGGCGGCCCAGCAGGGAGGGGUCCUCAUGGCCACACAGCCGCAGCCGGCCCCCAGAUGAUGAGCAGGCGCAGGGAGUCAGUAAGAACUCUACAUUGGGCUUUACGAGGCUGGACUGGCACAAUGAUGUGUGCAAGAGAUUGAAAGAGAGAAAGGGACCUGAUUUGAAAUCUGAAAUUCCACCUGUUGAUAGUACUUUUCACUCCCCUCCCCAUCUUUCUCCAUCCUACGCUCUAUGACCUUGGACACACUUGAUAGCCUCACAGCCAAUGAUAAUCACUGAACAGACUGAGUAGUCCUGCCUCUUGGGCCCAUUUUCUGAUUGAUCCUAGCUUGGAUGCACUCACUGUCUACAGUUGAAGUCGGAAGUUUACAUACACUUAGGUAGGAGUCAUUAACUUGUUUCUCAACCACUCCCAACAUUUCUUGUUAACAAACUAUAGUUUUGGAAAGUCAGUUAGGACAUCU